ACUUAAAAACACUCUGUAUUCCCAUUCCUCACCUGCCUUUCAUUCCACUAUAUGCACUAGAGGACAACCUCCUUCCACUAGAGAAUAUAUAUAUAACCACUCUUUUGCUUUUCCACAAUCCCAUAGACCUCCUUCUCCUUCUCCUUCUCCUUCUCCUUCUCUCUUUCUUUGCAGUUAAAUUCAGAGCAUUUCAAUGCCUUCAUCCCUUGGAAAUCAGCCACAUAAGAUCAGCAGGCAGGAGGUCCAAGCAGUAGCAGCCAAGAACAUGGAGCUCAGGGCUCUGCAUGCUGCUCUGUUUCAAUCCGGCAGCACCAGUAGCCCUUCUCUUCAGAGCCACCCCACCACCACCGCCCCUGCUUCCAGGCCUAGCAUCCAUUUCUCUGCAGAGGAUUACCCUGUCUUUACCCCUAGUUAUGAUGAGGAGCCUUUACCUGGACAUCACUAUAUAUCUUGUGAGAAUCGGAAGAUGUCGGGAAAUUGGAGUGGACUUGGGAUGGCAUCAGACAGAAAAGAUGCACAAGAAGUAUCAUUCUCUGAGCGAACAUAUAACCAAAGUUCUAUUUUGAGUGGAGAACCACAUGCUUGUUCGGAAGAAGACCACACAUCCAGCAUAAGUUCAUGCAUUAACCAGAUGGCCAUCAUGCAUAAUACUCCUGGUGCCGAUGUAUUUAGAAGCAGACGGCGAAACAGUACUGGGGAAUUUGCGCUCCUCGCUGCUAGUAACAGGUGCAAGUUAGCUUCAAUCAGCAGGGAGAAUGAAUCAGAACAAAAGAGCCUGAAAAAUGCUAAUAAUGCAGAACCUCAGGCCAAUAUCAAAAUAUCUAUGCCGGCCCAAACAAAGUCCCGAGGACCAGUGUUUUCAUGGUUGUUUCCAAAGGGGAAAAAGAAGCCUAAAUCAAGCAUGUCUCCGAACACCUUGGAAUCUGAAGACAUGUCUCAACUUUUGAAGAAUUGGGGUGUGUUUUCACUUGAAUCAUUGAAAAAACAGUUGCUGGAGGCCAAUGAAAGUAAAGAGGCUGCGCUGACCGAAGUUUCAGAAAUGAAAUCUUCACUGUCUGAGCUAAAACAAAAGCUGGUGAGCUUGGAGAUGUAUUGCGAAGAGCUGAAGAGGGCUCUGAAACAACAAAUGCAAUCAAAAGAAACUCAGAUUGUAGAUGGUCCAAAUUUGUCUAAAAGAUCCAAGUCUAACAGCAGUGUAAAAGAAAAGCCAAUUCCCGUUAGCCAUGAAGUAAUGGUGGAAGGUUUCUUGCAGAUGGUCUCCGAGGCGAGGUUAUCAGUCAAGCAAUUCUGCAAAACUCUCAUCAAGCAAAUUGAAGAAGUCGAUCCCAGUUUGAUGGACAAAUUAAAAGCUCUCCUGCAACCAUAUCACAUAACAUCUAGCUCCAAAUUCACAAAAGGAAUGUUGUACCAUUUGGAAGCUCUUAUCAACCAGAAUCUCUACCAAGACUUUGAGAAUUGUGUGUUUCAGAAGAAUGGCCCACCGAAAAUUCUCGAUCCUCAUCUAGACCGUCUCGAGAACUUCUCAUCUUUUGUUGCUCUACGAAACUUGAGCUGGCAUGAAGUGUUGAGAAAGGGAACUAAGUACUACAGCGAAGAUUUUAGUCGGUUUUGUGAUCAGAAAAUGAGUGGCAUUGUUUCGAUGCUUGAUUGGUCGAGCCCGUGGCCUGAGCAGCUUCUUCAAUCAUUCUUUGUUUCUGCCAAAUGCAUUUGGUUGCUCCAUUUGCUGUCUUUCUCCUUCAAUCCUCCUUUGAUGAUUUUGAGAGUUGAAGAAAACCGAAAUUUCGAUCCUCUCUACAUGGAAGACCUUCUGCAUGACAGACAACGGCAACAAGCUCCAGCUCGUGUUAAAAUCAUGGUAAUGCCAGGAUUUUAUGUCGAAGAUCAAGUUUUGAGAUGUAGAGUUCUAUGCAGAUAUCGAUCUAUCACGUAAUAUUUCAAUUGCUUACAUUCAUAUGUUGCGUGUUUUUACAUGAAUCUUGUUUCUUGUUGAUUAGGACGUGAAUAGCUGACAUUUUUAGGAGAAUAUGUAACCAUGGAUUGUUCUUUGUAAUCAAAUUGUAGCAAUUAAGAAAACCAUCAGGUAUUGUUCGA